AUGAAAGCCUUCUAUUUUCUUGCCCCGUUUCUUGUCCUGGCUACUGCCGAAGUCUCUUUCCAAGGAGAAAAAUCAUUACCGGAAGAAGCGUUCGAAACUCAUAUUUUCUCUGAACGUGCUGGCUCUCCCAGCGUGAGCUUCGACGAAUAUGUUGCCAAGGGCAGGCGUCGUUGGGCCGAGUUCCAGUCCGUCUUAGCUGAUCCUAAUGCCAUCGAUGUUGCCACCAUCGACGUGACAAAGAACUGGGUAGUUGGCCAACCUGGCCCGAUUACAGUUUCCGAUGAUACCGAGUAUGCCCUGAAACAAGCUGGAGUCAAUGUGGCUCGCAAUGCAUUUGCUAAGGUCAUGGUCCGCCUCCGAACAAAUAAUCAGAUCUUUUACGAGAACUACGUCGCACCCCAAGUCGGAACACUAAUCGCGGCAAACAACUAUGGGCGGGCGACGAAUCCGCAAACUGGUCUUAUGGAUACUGCCCCGGAUAAAUGGUCUGCAGUGAUGUGGGUUGUUUGGCAGGCGGCCUGUGGGCAUCUUAAAAUUGAUCCCUCUACGCUCUCAUAUGUUUUCCAAGAUGAAAUUAUCAACACUGAAACGAACUCGACUCUAGCCACCGCGGCUGCAGAUAGGAUGGGAGAAGAUGCCGCAGGAAACCCAUUAAUCACCACUUGGACCCCAGAUGAUGAUGCGUUUUAUGCCGCCCUUGCAACCCCCAAUGGGAUAGGGACCUUAUUUUUCCUGAAAGACUAUUCUAUUGCGUUAGACCGACAGACUAUCAAAAGUAUCUCGGUCUUCUACGAGCCUGAGCCGCAAUGGUUCACUAUGUGGUUCGAACUGGAGGAUUCCUGUUAUUGA